AUGGCGGUCAACGGCGACGUCUCGGCUGCCGCGACGGCGGACGAACAAAGAAAGGAGGAAGUCGCCUUCCAAAAGCUCAAGGAGCUCGGCAUCGACUACACAGUUCACCGCCAUGACUCGCACCUCAUGACGGUCGAGGCGAUGCUGAACGCCUUGUCGCUCAAGGAGGGCCUCGUCCUCGGCAACCUGUUCCUGAAGGACAAGAAAAAGGGAUUCUUCCUUGUCACGGUUGUCCACGAUUCCCCCACCCCGAUGAAGGGCAUCGGCAAGUUGCUUGGUGCCACGAACCUGCGAUUCGUGGACGACGAGUUGCUCGCCCCGAUGCUCGGAGUCGCGAAGGGCUCGGUGACGCCGCUGGCGCUGAUGAACGACGCAAAGAAGGAAGUUACCUUCGUGCUCGACAGGAAGCUGAAGGAUUCUCCCGACAGCGUCGUGUUUGUGCACCCGCUGCACAACAAGGCCUCCGUCGGCAUCAAAGUCGCGGAUCUGCUCAAGUUUGUGGAGUCCUGCGAACAUCCGGUUACGUGGAUCGACUGUGAAGAGGCCGUGAAGCUGGCCGCUGCGCCUGCGGCGGGCGCGGGCGUGGGCGCUUUGAAGGCGAAGGCCGCUGCUGCGCCGAAGGACGCUGUGACUGACUCGAGCAUGCUGGGCGUCACAGUGAAGAAAGCCGAGAACUUCUCGGAGUGGUACACUCAGGUCAUCGUCCGCAGCGAGAUGAUUGAGUACUACGACAUCAGCGGCUGUUACAUCAUGCGCCCGUGGGCGUACCACAUCUGGGAGAAAGUGCAGCGCUUCUUUGACGACGCGAUCAAGGAGAUGGGUGUGGAAAACUCGUACUUCCCGAUGUUCGUCUCCAAGCACAAGCUCGAGAAGGAGAAGGAUCACGUUGAAGGCUUUUCGCCGGAAGUCGCCUGGGUGACGCACUACGGCGACAGUCCGCUCGCGGAGAAGAUCGCGAUUCGCCCGACCUCGGAGACUAUCAUGUACCCUGCGUACUCGAAGUGGAUUCGGAGCCACCGCGACCUACCGCUGAAACUUAACCAGUGGUGCUCUGUCGUCAGGUGGGAGUUCAAACAGCCGACGCCGUUCCUGCGCACCCGCGAGUUCCUUUGGCAGGAAGGUCACACGGCACACGCGACUGAGGAGGAGGCCUGGAAGCUCGUGCUCGAUAUUCUCAAUCUCUACGCGCGCUGGUACGAAGAGUGCCUGGCGGUCCCCGUGAUCAAGGGAGAGAAGUCUGAGAACGAGAAAUUCGCCGGAGGAAAGAAAACGACGACGAUCGAGGCGUACAUCGCUGAGAACGGCCGCGGUAUUCAGGCGGCGACGUCUCACUUGCUCGGCACGAACUUUGCCAAGAUGUUCGAGAUCGAGUUUGAAGAUGAAGAGGGACACAAGCGCCUGGUUCACCAGACCAGCUGGGGCUGCACCACGCGCUCGCUCGGUGUGAUGAUCAUGACGCACGGUGACGACAAGGGUCUUGUGCUGCCUCCGCGAGUUGCGUCGGUUCAGGUCAUCAUCAUCCCCAUCUUCUUCAAGGAUGAGAAGAUUCAAGAGAUCACGGCUAAGUGCAACGAGCUGAAGGCGAUGCUCGACAAGGUCGGCGUCCGCACGAGAAUCGACGACAGACCGAACUACACGCCGGGCUGGAAGUACAAUCACUGGGAAGUGAAGGGCGUGCCGCUCCGUCUGGAGCUCGGGCCUAAGGACUUGGCGAAGGAGAGCGUGCGCGUGGUGCGGAGAGACACCAGCGAGGCCUCGGAGCUCUCCUGGAGCGCUGUGGUUGAGAAGCUGCCUGCGCUGCUCGAGGACAUCCAGGCGAGUCUUUUCAAGAAGGCCAAGGCGGUCUACGACCAGGGCGUCGAGAAGGUCAUGACCUUUGACGAAGUGAUGCCCGCGCUCAACCGCAAGAAGCUCAUCCUCGCCCCCUGGUGCGAAGACCCCGAGUCGGAGGAACAAAUCAAGAAGGAGACUCAGAGACUCUCCGAAAUCCAGGCUGCGCAAGCUGGAGCGGACGAACAAGUGAUGACUGGCGCGAUGAAGACGCUCUGCAUUCCGUUCGAGCAACCCCCGAUGCCGGAGGGCACCAAGUGCUUCUUCACGGGCAAGCCGGCGAAGCGCUGGGCGCUGUGGGGCCGUAGCUACUGA